UGAUCGUUGAUGUUCGAAUUGAAAUCUUUAAAAAGUCAUAGUCAUAGCUAUUGACACACUACAUAUUGGUUGAUCGUUGUUACAACUCCUUUCGUAUUAUUUCAUGGAGGCCAUUGCAGAAGUCCGACGGCCAAUCACUAAUGGCGAUUUAACGCCUGUGCUGCCUCGGCGCUUGUUUCGUCACAACAAUCGGGUUUCUACUGUACCAACCGUACAGUAAUUGGCCGCGCCUAAUAUGUAGUUAUUGUCAUAGUUCUUCAAGGUUCGCAAUAAAACAAAUACGUUUGUUGAAUAAUAAACGAGCCAGGAGCUCUGUCAAUCGAAUUAAAAAUACUGGACUUUGUAGUUUUAUUGUGAUAAUAGUGAAAAAAAGACGAGAAAUAAGGACGCGUCGAAACUACUGUUUCUCAGUAUCUUCGUGACCAAUGUAAAUAUCGAAAUGCCGAAACUAGUAGAAGGUACCAAAUACACCAAGAGGUACAGCGAGGAAAAUGUUCAGAAAGCGCUGGAGGCCGUUCAGGAGGAUGGCAUGUCUGUUCGCAAAGCUGGCCAAUUGUUUGGGGUGCCGAGAGCUACGAUACAAUUCAGAAGAAGCAGUCAAUUCAAAAACAAAACUACACUAGGGCCAAGUCCUAUAUUAACAGCCGAAGAAGAAGACAUGCUGGAGAAAUGGAUUCUUGCUAAGCAUCGAAAAGUAUGUCCGAGAAGGAAAGAAGCUAUUCAGGCCUCGGUGAAGGACAUGCUAGAAGCGAAUCCACGAGCUAAUCCUUUCAAAGGCAAUAACCCUGGUGACGGUUGGUACAAAGCUUAUUUGAAGCGUCAUCCUAACUUGAAAGUGACCUCUGCAGCUGCCAAAGGUACAGGGAAGGAUAUACGCAACUGGUUUACAAAUAUCGAGGAGUAUCUCAGUGAAGCCGGCUACUCAAACAUCUUGCAAGAUCCAUCAAGAAUCUAUCAUGCGGACGAGACGAAUUUUGAGUUAUGUCCAAAGAAUAAUAAAGUUCUGGCGCCUCGAGAGGUAAGAAAUGUUGAAGAGAUCGUAGGUGUUUUACCCAAAUCUAAUAUAUCGGUCAUGUUUACGUUCUCCGCGGCUGGCGACGAGACCCCACCAAUGGUUGUUUAUCCUUACAAACGAUUGCCAACCGACAUAGUGAAAUCAGUGCCCCAAGACUGGGGAAUCGGCUGUACAGAAAACGGUUGGAUGAAGUCUGAAGUUUUUUAUGAUUACAUAAGAAGUGUAUUGUUACCCUCGUUACAAAAGAAAGGAGUAAUGUUCCCAAUCAUAUUAUAUCUCGAUGGUCACAGUAAUCACGUUACUUAUCGUGUGAGCCAGCUCUGCAUGGAGCUGAACAUCAUUCUCAUAAGUUUGUACCCGACCAUGUCAAGGUUCUUGAAGCCCGCUGAAAUAUCCACUCUCAAACCUCUGAAAUCCAGCUGGAAAAAGGGUGUUUUGGAAUUUCAGCGUAAAAAUCCCCUCGAAGUAAUAACAAAAGAGAAAUUCGCACCGCUCCUUGCCUCUCUUUUGAGCUCCGGUGUCACCAGCGACACAGCCAAGGGCUUUCGCACAUGGGGCAUUUAUCCAUGGAAUCCGUCGGCCAUUGACUACUCCAAAUGCGUUGAAAAGAAUAACAAAAAAGUUCAUCACGGGACUGUCGUCAAACGGGAAUAUCGUCCUUCGAAUACUUUCUUGUCGUGGGAAGAGUACGAGAAAAUAAUUGGCAAUCGAAGACUCGAAACAUUUCGCGGUGUUGAUGACGCUAUCGAGGAUGAUCCCGAGUACAGAUACGAAAAUUGUUUCACCGAAAUGGGUGAACUCACUCUCUAUCAUUUGUAUCGCCAAUUUCGCACGAAAAAACCGACCCCAAAUAACGGUGCGCUGUUCAAUCCUGCCGGUAGCGGCACCAGUGCUAAUGGACCCAACACAGUUAAUACGCCAGCCAACAAUAAUAACCCAACUACUAGUAACGUGGAACCGAUUAUUCAUGACGGGCAUCAUUUCGUUGCCGAUACACACCCCAAUGAACAUUUGGAAUUCCUUUAUCGUUCACAUCCUGCAGAUAUACCAGCCGCUAACAAUUUUGUACCUGGCACCAGUAAUAUGUAUAACAAUAAUGCCUUCCCUUAGGGCGACCUGAUCAAAAAUCCUGUCCAGAUUUUUCCAUGCAUUAUAUUUCAAGCCAAUCACGAGAACAACUCUGUUCGCCUUCUAACACAUUGAAUUUUUCAAGAACACCUAAAAACUAAACGAAAAAACUUGCCAGAGAAUUUGUUUUGAACUGAGUGAACUUGAAACGUCCACUCUGUGAAAACUCGACGAAAUGCUCCAUCUGUCAGUUUCAAUCAAUGACUAAACAAGUCAGUUAUCGAUCUUUGAUUUUCGCACUUUUCUUGAAAAAUUUUCGGCAGUGCUAGAAAUUUUCAACUCAGUUAUAAGGCGCGCAUGAAAAAUGUUUUAGCGUGGGCCUGAGAAUGAUAAACGUAAACGUCAUUCAACAUGGCUCCGAAUCGUUGCGCUUUUACAAUGCAGCAAACUUCUUUGUCUCUCAUCACGACAGUUCUCCAUUGGCUGACACUAUUUUCGUCCUCCGUCAUCCCGUGGUAACGAUGUACGACUAAAAGAUCGAAUCGUGAUCGUACACUACCUUAAUUAUAAGAUAUGAAGGAAGAAUGAGAAAGAGGGAGGCCGGAGACCGAGAGGAAGUCAGAGAUCAAUCCAGAUUGUCCCGUGUUUAUUUCAAUUAGGCUUUCCUGAAUGCCGCGUUGAUCAAAUAAUUAAAUAUUCUACAAGGAGAAAAAAUACACAUCGCAAGAAAAAAACGCCACGUACUCACUGACUCUUUCUUCACAUCGCAUCAUUCACAAGCAUUCACGAUUUGUAAACAUACCAUCGUCCUACAUCAAGUUUCGAUUUAGCCAUUUUUCUAUUUAGCCAUUUUUUUUCUUCAACUCUUUCAUUUUAAUUCUGGAAUCGAACUGAUCGUCGAUUUACUGUGUAAAUAGUGUAGAAUCCCAGUUUUUCUCGCCCGAACUUUUCAAAAAUGGUCCGUAGUGUAACAGCGAUCAAUUUUAUUUGCUCUCGAGAUGAUCGACAGUUGUGAAAAUUCUAUUUCCCAAUUGAUUUUGAACGAUCACGCUCGUGUCAUGUUGAAAAGUAAAUAAAAAUACAAAAUUGUACGGAAAAAUCGACCCUUGAAAAUACCGUCGUUCAUUACAGUGUGUCGAUAAAAUUUAUAACGCUAACCUAUAAACCAUGAAUUAAGUCAAUCCUAUUCUGCUCUAAAUAGGUUUAUAACACUGCUCUGAAUUUCGUUAUGCAUGAAUUGGUAUAUUACGCAACUGGAGAGGAAAGUAGACCACAUUGAAUUACGGAAUAGUGGUUUUCAUUGAUAUUGACGAUCAUGAAUAUUGGGAUAAAAAUGUCACAUCAAGUUUGUUAGGCCGCAGUUCCGUGUGAAGAUUGCAUCGUUGUGCGCAUGCUCCACCAAAUUCGGGCGAUUAAAAAACGUUACUUUCCUCUCGUAAAAUGAAGCGGGAAACUUAUUUCGGCGAAGAUGUAAUGAGAAAGAAAUUCAGCUGCUUCUCAGAAAUGACUGAACUUGAUUUCAUAUUUUCACGAAAAAAAAAGUCUGAAGAUACAAAGAUGUUCGAAGAUUAAUAAACUCUCAUCAUGAAACGUAGGCGCGCUUCAAGAAAAUGGAUACUCUCUGUAAUGAAUACGUAAAUAUAUAGCUCAUGACCGAAAGGGCGCAACUCCCAUGAGUUGAUCGGCAAAAUGAUGAGAAUUACGUCCCCGUGAUGCAAACACGCUCGGUCACAGAUCUGUGCUUGCUCUCUUACUUUCUAACUCUGAGUAAUGUAAAUAUCGUCUCAUCGGAUGAACACCAGCGACGUUUAACGCACCAUGAUUGACGGUUGUUUUACCUCGAAGAACGAGAGCUUCGAAAACUCCAUUUUUUGGGAUAUACUUCUUCGGGCUUUUCGAAACGCUCAUAAUUUGUUUUCCAUCGAGUUGUAAAACUACAUUUCACGAAAGACACACGUCACGUGACAACGUCCCUCGAGCGUUAUCAUAUCGUGUGCUAUGCUUCACGAAGUUGCCGCAAUAUCUCUGCGUCGCUUCCUCUCGUUGAUGUGCUUUUCACUUUUUCCAAUCUCUUGACCAGGUUGAAAAUAAAAAUUACCGUCACGGCUCCAACUAGUUUGGCAAGCUGUGUGUGUUUCAAUGUACGAAAUGAAUUUUAUAUUUCCUGUAACACGGUGAUUUAUGCUUCGAAAUAAUAUUUCAAUCGCCAAUCCGAAUCGUUCUACGCCAUUUUUAUGAAUCCAAUAAUAAACCUGUCACUUCGAUUAUUGAAAUCGUUCGGAUUUCUUCGGUGAGAAUAAGAUUUUUUUUCCGUUGCGUAACAAUCGGUGAGUCAUUCAUUUGAAAAACUCAUCGGCGACUCGUCGGUGUGCACAGAAUUCGAUCCACGUUGAAAAAUCGACGGGAGCAAAUACGUAGGCGACCAUUUUCUUACGCUUUCAACGUGUACGGUAAAUGACCAACUUUUCAGUUGGUUUCCUCAAUCAAGUAUCAUCCUUCAAAAUGAAUUCUCGAGCUUGGUCGACAUUCAGCAAAAUUACGAGUGCGCGCUCAUGUUUUUCACGCGAAAACCCACUUCGCUUUAGCAGCCCUUUCUGCCGUCCGAGGAAUCGACAAUCCACUUCGGCCAAGUAAAUAUUUUCAGAGUUAUUAUCAUGCUAGUCGUACUUCCUCGAAACAUUUUUUUCCUUAUUAAAUGUUUGUUGUUGUUGUUAAAUAUCGUUUUCAAAAUCUGGUCAAUCACGUAUGACGGAUUAAUUUUGUAUUUGGCUGUUUGACAGUUGAGUCGAAUCGAGCAUAAACUGACGUUUGAAUGUGUAUGUAUAUAUAUAUACAAAUAGCUGUUGAGUGUUAAUGACAUGUAAAUUACGAAGUUUUAUUCGUGUAUUAUGAAAUUUUUGAAGAAAGAGUGAUUCAUCGGUGUUUUAUUACAUAUAUAUGUGUGUGUGUAUGUAUAAAUUACCGAAUCACGAAUACAGAAUGAAAGCAGCGAUGGGAAAAGAAAUAACAAAAAAGCAUGUACAUCCUGGUGAUACAAAAGCUACCGUGUUGAAUAUGACACAAAUCCGUUCGCUCGAUCGCAAUCUCCUCCACGUAGCCAUAGGACCAUGUUAAUCGAGUGUACAUAAACCAGCGCGUGUGUGGUUGUCUUUUUAUACACGCGAAAAAAGGUUUCGAACCGGGUCACACGGGCCGAAUUGUAAAUUGACGGGUAAUCCGCCGGUGUCUACGGUAUAAAAAAAAAAGUGCGAAAAGUAUUAUUUUUCGAUGCGCUCGAGAGAGGUUAAGCUUUUUUACAGCACUUUUAUCCUCGAUUUUUGAAGUUUAUUAUUUUUAAUAUGGUUAAAUUGACUGAAAAGAUAUCCGCGUCGAAAAGUGUCGAUUGUAAAAUGAGAAUUCGCGAUGAAAAUAAAAUUAGAGAAAAGUUUCCUUUCACGAUGCAAAGAAUAUGUACUUUGUAUAUAUGUAUAUGCACGUAUCUCUUCUUCGCGAGCGCAGUUUCUCUCUUCCUUUUUGUCUGCCGUCUCCCUCUUUCUCAUUCUCGCUCUCUUGGUUGCGUCGAGAGGCACGACUUUCGCCUUCCUUCGUCCUUUCCUUCUUCUCGCGCGCACACCGCGCACACGCACUCGCGCGUACCUGCAGCGUGAAACACGAGCGAUUUCAUCCUCGGAAAUCUGCGUAUGUUUUUUCACCCGAGCCCCCCCCCGCCCUCCCACUCGCGCGCGCGACACACAACUUCGGUGCGAUAAAGUUUCUCGGAAGUCCCUCGAAAUAUUAUUUCGGCUGCCAUAUUUAUUGUUAUUAUUUUUACCAAAUUUCUCUCCAACAAUUUCACGAUAAUCCGAGCUUAUUCCUGGUACGUUGUCAUUUACUGAGCGCGAACACGGACCAAAUACCGUUUUUAGAAUAGUUUCUCCUCACUCUCCUGCGUACUCGCGACAUUUAUUUCGACAAAUAAGUUAUUUUAUGGAAUAUUUGUAUAUUUAGUUAAUAGGUAAGCUUUGUAAGAUUAUUCAUAUGUAUUUCAAUAAGAUCCUUAACGAGACUAGUAGCUACCGUUUAUCGUACGAGUCUGCAUAACCUCUAAUUGUAACGAUGCUAAAAUAGUGCUAAGGUUUCAUCGAUAUGUGAAACUUGUCAUAAAAAAAAACUUCGAACUUAAAUUAACUUCAAUGAGAAUGUGAGAACGAAUCGAGUGAUUGAAUGUAUGCAUUUAUAGAUGUUAUUAUGACUGCUCUGUAAGAAAUCGUAUAAAUAAAGAGUAAAACUUGUUAUAAAAUCGACGCCGAUAACGAUGCGCUGAUA